AUACCCUUUGCGUUCAGUGUAGAAAAUAUCUUCUUCAUUUCUAUUCACUCUAUCUAUCAUUUUAGUUUCUCAUCUUCUUUCAAUGGCCUCUUCCGCUGUUGAGUACCGUUGUUUCGUUGGUGGUCUAGCCGGUCCCCCCGACAGCGACGCCCUAGCCAAAGCCUUCUCUUCCUACGGCGAAGUUACUGAUUCCAAGGUUAUUAACGACCGUGAGACUGGAAGGUCAAGGGGUUUUGGAUUUGUGACGUUUUCAACUGAGCAAUCCAUGAGAGACGCAAUUGAAGGGAUGAACGGUCAAGAUGUUGACGGACGUAACAUUACCGUGAACGAAGCUCAGUCUCGUGGUAGCGGUGGUGGAGGCGGCCGUGGUGGCGGUGGAUAUGGUGGAGGCGGUGGAUAUGGUGGUGGACGUCGUGAAGGUGGAUAUAACAGAGGUGGCGGUGGAGGAUAUGGUGGUGGAGGUGGAUAUGGCGGAGGAGGUGGUGGUGGUUAUGGUGGUAGCAGAGAUCGUGGAUAUGGUGGUGGUGAUGGUGGUUCUCGCUACUCACGUGGCGGUGAAGGUGGUGGAAACUGGAGGGACUAGAUUUAAGUUCUUCUUGUUGGGGUUUAUGAUUAAGAAUGUUCUCCUUGUCAUGUCACUUUAGUAGGUUUAAGAAAUUAGUGGUUUGGCUAUGGUAUUUAUCAUGUUAUGGUUUUGUGUUACUGUGGUUCUCGUUUUUGUACUCUGGAUCUGGUUGUGUAUAAACGAUCGAUUGAAAGUAUAAUGAGAAAUUAGUGUCAGCAAAUUUACCAACA